AUGAACCGAAACGGCAACACAAGAAAACGUCCCCCGCCAACGCCACAACCACCGCACCCUUCGCCGGCUGCGAAACACCAAGCUAUCACUCCCACCGUCGACGAAGAAUUCCUCGAUGAAGAUGUCUUCCUUGAGGAAACCCUCAUUGCAGAAGACGAACAGAAUCUCAGCGAAGAACGACAAGGCCUCACUUCUCAUCUCUCUAAAUGGGCCCGACCGAAGUUAUCAGAUGGCUACGUGUCGCAAUCGCAGAGUAUUAUAUUUCAGCAACUCGAGAUUGAUUACAUAAUCGGAGAGAGUCAUAAAGAACUUUCGCCUGAUAGAUCAGGUCCUGCUGCCAUUCUUAGAAUUUUUGGGGUUACUAGAGAAGGACAUAGUGUUUGCUGCUUUGUUCAUGGAUUUGAGCCAUAUUUCUACAUCAGCUGUCCUCCUGGGAUGGGUCCAGAUGAUAUCUCGCAUUUUCAUCAGAUUCUCGAGCGGAGGAUGAGGGAGGCAAAUAGGAAUAAUAAAGUACCCAAAUUUGUGCAACGAAUUGAAUUGGUGCACAAAAGGAGCAUUAUGUAUUACCAGCAGCAGCAAUCUCAUCCUUUUCUUAAGAUUGUAGUUGCAUUGCCAACGAUGGUGUCUGGCUGCCGUGGUAUUCUUGACAAAGGCAUACAGAUUGAUGGACUUGGUAUGAAGAGCUUCAUGACAUAUGAAAGCAAUAUCUUAUAUGCUCUCCGUUUCAUGAUCGACUGCAAUAUUGUUGGUGGAAAUUGGAUUGAAGUGCCUGCUGGCAAAUAUAAAAGGACUUCAAAGCACUUAUCCCAUUGCCAGUUGGAGUUUGAUUGCUUGUAUCCUCUUUUGCAGAAUAUUUCAAAUUUUGAAUGA